GAAGAUGGUGUACGAAGAUGGCUGCUUCCGCGGUCACACGUGGGUCACCCGGACGUCUAGUGAUGACGUCAGGCUGUCACGUGAGCUCCGGUAAGAAUGAGUGAGAAGAAGAAGCUGGAUGUGGUCCGCGGGUCUGUGCGGGAGUUUCCUGACUUUCCUUCCCCCGGGAUCUGCUUCAGGGACAUUACUCCAAUUCUUAAAGACCCCGCUUCAUUCUCUGCGGCCAUCGACCUGUUUGAGAGCUACCUCCGAGAACACUUUCCAAAGAUCGAUCUCAUUGCUGGUCUAGAUUCCCGGGGAUUUCUCUUUGGUCCAGCUCUAGCACAAAGAUUGGGAAUCGGCUUUGUGUUGAUUAGGAAAAAGGGGAAGUUACCAGGUCCAACCCUUUCUGUGUCUUAUUCUCUGGAGUAUGGAAAGGCUGAGAUUGAAAUUCAGACUGAUGCUGUCGACCCUGGACAGAAGGUUGUGAUAAUUGAUGAUUUAUUGGCGACUGGAGGGACAAUGGCUGCAGCAUGUGACCUACUGCAGAGAAGAAAUGCAGAUAUCCUGGUCUGUCUGGUCAUCAUAGAGCUCACAUCACUAAAAGGGACGGAGAAACUUAAACCUUACCCUUUUCAUUCAUUGCUGCAGUAUGACUAAGGAUCAAGAGCGCUGAACAACAGCUCAGACGUUUUUAUGCAUGUUAUUCAAAUAUGAUUUUAGGUUUACAAGGACCUGGAGCUUUCAAAGCAAAAAAAUCUCUACACACUGAGAAAUAAAAAAGGACAAAACUUAAAAAGGGAUCCAGGCAUGACCCCAGUGUAUUCUGUUAGGUGGAAACAUGUGGGGAUACCACCAACACUAUUGCAAAUGGCUAGUAAAAUAUGCACACUGUGACAGCUAUCAUAGGUUAACCCCUUAAGGACGCAGGACGUAAAUGUACGUCCUGGUGAGGUGGUACUUAACGCACCAGGACGUACAUUUACGUCCUAAGCAUAACCGCGGGCAUUGGAGCGAUGCCCGUGUCAUGCGCGGCUGAUCCCGGCUGCUGAUCGCAGCCAGGGACCCGUCGGCAAUGGCCGACGCCCGCGAUUUCGCGGGCGUCCGCCAUUAACCCCUCAGGUGCCGGGAUCAAUACAGAUCCCGGCAUCUGCGGCAGUUCGCGAUUUAAAUGAAUGAUCGGAUCGCCCGCAGCGCUGCUGCGGGGAUCCGAUCAUUCAUAACGCCACACGGAGGUCCCCUCUCCUUCCUCAGUAUUAGCAAUCAUGGUAUUGCUAUGAAUAGUCCCCUAUGGGGACUAUUCAAGUGUAAAAAAAAAAUGUAAAAGUAAAAAAAAAGUGAAAAAUCCCCUCCCCCAAUAAAAAAGUAAAACGUCCGUUUUUUCCUAUUUUACCCCCAAAAAGCGUAAAAAACAUUUUUUAUAGACAUAUUUGGUAUCGCCGCGUGCGUAAAUGUCCGAACUAUUAAAAUAAAAUGUUAAUGAUCCCGUACGGUGAACGGCGUGAACGAAAAAAAAUUUAAAAAGUCCAAAAUUCCUACUUUUUUAAUACAUUUUAUUAAAAAAAAAAUUAUAAAAAAUGUAUUAAAAGUUUUUUAUAUGCAAAUGUGGUAUCAAAAAAAAGUACACAUCAUGGCGCAAAAAAUGAGCCCCCAUACCGCCACUUAUACGGAAAAAUAAAAAAGUUAGAGGUCAUCAAAAUAAAGGGAUUAUAAACGUACUAAUUUUGUACUAAAAAGUUUGUGAUUUUUUUUAAGCGCAACAAUAAUAUAAAAGUAUAUAAUAAUGGGUAUCAUUUUAAUCGUAUUGACCCUCAGAAUAAAGAACACAUGUAAUAUUUUCCAUAAAUUGUACGGCGUGAAAACAAAACCUUCCAAAAUUAGCAAAAUUGCGUUUUUCGUUUUAAUUUCCCCACAAAAAUAGUGUUUUUUGGUUGCGCCAUACAUUUUAUGAUAUAAUGAGUGAUGUCAUUACAAAGGACAACUGGUCGCGCAAAAAACAAGCCCUCAUACUAGUCUGUGGAUGAAAAUAUAAAAGAGUUAUGAUUUUUAGAAGGCGAGGAGGAAAAAAUGAAAACGUAAAAAUUAAAUUGUCUGAGUCCUUAAGGCCAAAAUGGGCUGAGUCCUUAAGGGGUUAAAGGGGUACUCCGUUGGAAAACUUUUUUUUUUUUUUUUUUUUAAUUAACUGGUGCCAGAAAGUUAAACAGAUUUGUAAAUUACUUCUAUUAAAAAAUCUUAAUCAUUUCAGUACUUUUUAGCAGCUGUUUGCUACAGAAGAAAAUCUUUUAUUUUUAGAAUUUCUUUUUUUGUGUUGUCCACAGUGCUCUCUGCUGACACCUGAUGCCCAUAUCAGGAACUGUCCAGAGCAGGAGAAAAUCGCCAUGGCAAACCUAUGCUACUCUGGACAGUUCCUG